AUGGCCGAAGUGUGGUACCGGGCGUCGGACUUCUGCAUUGUUUAUUCACCUUACAGUUCAAGCCCUCCAAAGUUGUCAAUGUAUUCCCACGAGAAUGCCACUGACAAAGCUUGCAGGAUACAGGACGAGCGUAUCAAAGCCGACUGGAACUUUUUCGUCACUUGGGACCAGUGGGUGCCACCGACGUUGUGUCCGAUUCCAGCCACUCAAAACGUGCAGAUCCCUGUGGUCAUGAAAUCCAACGUCUCAAGUAUGCCAUCCAGCCAGCCACAUCCUGAAGGACUUCCCAAGAAACAUUUUGGCGGCAAAGUAUUUGACAUGUGCUGGAAUACCGAGGCUGAUCUAGUGCGGACGGUGAACACAACAACUGCAACAUCAUCGGCUGAACCACAAUAUGAAGGCCAAGUGUUUGACGUGUGUUGGGACACCGAGGUCAAUCUGGCGCCGAUCGUUGUUGCGGACGCAGCCACACCGCCGGCAGCAGGUUCAUAUGACCUUUGUUGGGAUAGCCAAGGAAGUCCACGGAAGAUUAAUUUGGCGCCAAUCCAAGAGCUGGCAGCUACGAAGACUCACACCUUGGAUGUCACCAUGCCCCUGGCGGCCGAUCAAUAUGAUAUGUGUUGGAAUAAUAGUCUGUCUGCGUCGGUGGACAGAUACAGGGGCAAGUGUCGGUCAUUACCACCGACCAUUACUAACCAUCAUUCAGGCGAUUUCGACAUGUGCUGGGAAGAUUCAACAUCUGGCGGAGAUGGUCACCUUGACAGUGGGUCCAUCGCUGCACCAACCAUCAACAUGGUCAACUUAGCGGGUGACACACCGGUAUUAUAUGAUCUGUGCUUUGACACAUCCUUGCAGGCCACAUCUCCAGGACCAAGGGAUGACUCACCGAGUCAUCCGGUCAACUUAGCGGGCGACACACCGGUAUUAUAUGAUCUGUGUUUUGACGCAUCCUUGCCGGCCACAUCUCCAGGACCGAGGGAUGACUCGCCGAAUCAGAUGGUUGAAGCCGGCGAGGAAUUGCUGCGCCGAGCAAAUGUGAGGCUUGACAGCAUUGACACUGUUAUCGCAGAUGACCCCGGAGCACAAUCUAUGGAUAUCUUGGAUGCCAACCAGGAUUUAAUUUCAGAUUAUCGGUAUGCUCGUGAUGAAUUCCUCGCGGCCAGCGAUGACAUUGCCAAAAUCGAACAUCUGAUGAACAUGCACCGGCAAAUUGAUGAUCCGCUGCAUAUAUUACUACUAGCUAUGAGGAAAAUGGGCCGGGGACAUUCCCCAAUCCAGUAG